AUGCUUAUCCAUAACAAUAUCGAUAGCAAUACCCAAUACAAUAUUACGUUUUACGUUUUUAAUAACCCAAUACCAUUCCUUUUAUUACUUAAAAAUAUAAACGCGUUAAGUAUAUACCUUAAUAAUACGCGCAACGAAUUCGUAAAGCACAACAAAACGCGCGUGCGGAUUAUUAAACGUUUCGGUUACCCAUGGUUUUUUUUUAACGCAUCGAUAUACGUUAUAAACAAAAUUUUAAUAACCGCCGAAAAAAAAAUCGCAGGAUUUUUAUUUUUAACAAAAACCGAGUUACGGCGCGUUUACAAGCGAUUUAACCACCUUUCCGAUUUUAAUUACGAAAUCGUUAUUAACGUUUGCUAUUUAAGCAACAAACCGGUCCUUUAUGUAAUUAAUAAAAGCAUAAAAUUUAAUGCUGCAGCGAUUUUAAAAAACCUAUUUGCAAAAAAAACUUGGAAAACCUUAAAGCGUUACUGGAUAAAUGUUUAUUUAAAGCCUUUAAACCCAAAACGACGCGGACGCUUACCGAAAAACAAAAUACCGGUACAAUUACGAAAUCGAUUAAAACCGCUAACGCUAAAUACAAAAAGCAAUAAACCUUUAAAACCAAAGGAGCGAUUGGAAAUUAAAUUGCAUAACAAAACAUAUUUAUUACCAAAAAAAGCAAAGGCCAUGCGUUUAUUAAUCGAAUAUAAAGCAAAAGCGCUAAAAUUUUUAAAGCACGUUUCGUUAAAAAAAAUAAAAAGGAUACCGGAAGCCCUUUACAAAAAAACGAAAUGCCCAACGGUUAAUUUUCGCGCUUGCACUAAGCCUUUAAAACCGAAGCAUUUUAUUAAUAACCCGGAACAUUACCCAAACGAUUGCAUUGCGCAAUAUAAGCUUUGGAAUGGUAAGGAUGCAAAUAAACGAUACGCUAAACCUAAGAAAUUAAACGUUUAUAAAUUUCGAAAAAAAAGCGCUUUAAAAAGCAAAUUACAAGCAAUAAUUUGUAUUUUAAAAGCAAAAAAAAAGCUUAUAAUUAAUUUAAUAGCGCUUCGAAAAUUUUAUAAAAAUAAAGAAAUCGACGAAAUCCGUUGGAUUGCCGGAACAAACAAUCCGGCAAAUGCGAUAACGAAAAAGCAAUUAAACCGGGCAUUAAAAGAAUUGCAUUACUUAAGCUAA